AGUUUUAACUCUCGAACUUGAUAAAAAAAAACACGUGACUUUGAAAUGAUCUAAUUAAUAAGUUAUUGACAACUGAUAUUUACAUGUAAGGUCGUCAUUAAAAAUUUGCCGCAAUGAAAUACUUUAACCGCUGACAUUCAUAUCAAAUAUUCUCCCUGAAGCUAUGAAAUAGGGAGUUUUGCAGUCAGAAGUCACCGACCAGUUAUGGUACAUGACAGUGUUGGCCAUGCGUGAUCUAAUUUCUCCUGUCAAGUUAUGAAUUUACGACAUCUGAGGAAAAUGAGUGGUCACUUAAUUGCUUCAUUUUAAUUAAAUGUUUAUUUUAAAAACAAAGCUUGGACUGUGAUAAUGGAAGCGAAAAUUAUGAUUUAUUUUCUCGUUGGGAUUAUUUGUUAUUGUACACAACUAGCAAAGUCGGCUAUUCCAGAAUAUUUUGUUGAAGAGCACUGUAGCCAAACUCUUGCACUUAAUCACGGAAAUGCCGAGUCCGUCAGACUGAGGCUGACAAAAUCGUCAAAGUACUUGGACGGCAUGCGCUGCGCAAUGCGAAUACAAGCGCCGGAAGGGAAACGCUUGGUAAUCCACAUAGAAAACCUUGACAUUGACGGCAAACAAGAAGUUUUGUGUCAAGGUGGUGAUUAUAUUCAGUUCUUUGACGGGCCGUCAGAAUCUUCAAUUAUCCACCCUGAUUUGCCGGCGACGGUGUGCACGAAACCAAAAAAGAAGUACAUUUUGACUUCCGGUCGAUUUUUCGUAAUGAGAUUCGUCAGCAAUACUGACUUGAUUUCCGGGAGUGGAAUGAAACUUGUGAUAACAGCUUUUAGUGACGCGCCAUGCACCCAAGAUGAAUUCCAAUGCAAAUCGAGUUCACACUGCAUACGGCGUUCUUUACAAUGCGACCAACAUCCGAGCUGCCCGGAUGGAACUGAUGAAAGCAUGCCAGAAUGCUUAUCAACCGGUGCUAUUGUAGGAAUAUCCGUCGCUUGUGUUGCUGUUGUUGUAGCAGUUGUCGUUACGAUUGUUGUCGUCUGCAUUGUGCGCGAGCGCCGGAAGCGCGCAAGGAUUAUCAAACGAGCUAUACAGCACCAAGGAAGUCAGUCGACCUACUCCGGAUCCUUGGCUGGGUCCUUAUGGAUACAGUCUCAACAUCAAGAAGUACAACCAUCUGAAAGUAACCCAAUAUGGGACGGACAAAUAGAUCCAUCAAAAAUCGAUCCUAUAUGGGAUGGGCAUGAAGACCAGUCUAAAAUUGAACCGGAAGUGAACGUCAACUCGGAUUCGGAUAAAAUUUUACCAAAUUCGGAGGCAACCAAAAGUCCAAAACAUGCCCCGAUUUGGAUAAGUAAUUCGACUUUAUGGGAAAAUUUACACAACGAAUUAAGAAAUAUAAAGGCAUAUGACGUUCACAAUACUGACAAUGACAUAGAUACAAGCGUUAAAAGUUCGGUGGAAGUGAAUGGAACAAAUCAAGUUCAAGGUCAAAUGAAAAAGGUUCCUAGUGGUUUCUGGGACAUUGACCUAAGUGAACUAGGAAUUGAUAUAUCACCACCUUCGUCGCCGUCAUCAACGGUUUUGUAAAACGACGUAAUGCAUAUUUAUUUAAAAGCUCAAUUAUAAUACACAGCCUACAAAAACCUCAAGAACGAGAAAUUCAUAUAGCCCUGGUAUGGCUAGACCGUACGCGAUCGCUUUGACUGCAUGAAGAGGUCUAGAUACAACUUAGCCAAUAAUUAAGCCAAAUAUCUCCAGUAACAUCAACACGACAUCUAUAAAUAUAUUUCUUAAAAUCACUUUGGGUCAAGCAAUACAAAAAUUUCUCACCCAGGGAUAUUGGUUAGAAACAGACAUAUAGAUGUAUGAAAACUUGCUGAUAUACCGUUUCCCAAAUGUGAUGCAAUUAGCCUCAUC